UUAAAAGUUUGGCGUGUUGAAAGUAAGCAUUACUCAGCUGGCAAUAGAGACAGAACCAGGGGACUGGUGCUUCUGUGGACUUGGCCAUUUGCACAGCACAAGCAGUGAUGGAUAACUCCUCCGUCUGUUCCCCAAAUGCAACUUUCUGCGAAGGUGAUUCCUGCCUAGUAACUGAAAGCAACUUCAAUGCCAUUCUCAGCACAGUGAUGAGCACCGUGCUCACCAUUCUUCUAGCCAUGGUGAUGUUUUCUAUGGGGUGCAAUGUGGAAAUCAACAAGUUCCUAGGACACAUAAAGCGGCCAUGGGGCAUCUUCGUGGGCUUCCUCUGUCAGUUUGGAAUCAUGCCUCUCACAGGAUUUAUCCUGUCUGUGGCCUCUGGCAUCCUUCCUGUGCAGGCUGUGGUGGUGCUAAUUAUGGGUUGCUGCCCUGGAGGAACUGGCUCCAAUAUCCUGGCCUAUUGGAUAGAUGGUGACAUGGACCUCAGUGUUAGCAUGACCACUUGCUCCACACUGCUUGCUCUUGGAAUGAUGCCCCUUUGCCUCUUCAUCUAUACCAAGAUGUGGGUUGACUCAGGAACGAUUGUGAUCCCCUACGAUAGCAUUGGCAUUUCUCUGGUUGCGCUUGUUAUUCCUGUUUCCAUUGGAAUGUUUGUAAAUCACAAAUGGCCCCAAAAAGCGAAGAUUAUACUUAAAAUUGGAUCCAUCGCAGGUGCAAUUCUCAUUGUGCUCAUAGCUGUGGUUGGAGGAAUACUGUACCAAAGUGCCUGGAUCAUUGAACCCAAACUAUGGAUUAUAGGAACAAUAUUUCCUAUAGCUGGCUACAGCCUUGGUUUCUUCCUGGCUAGACUAGCUGGUCAACCCUGGUACAGGUGCCGAACAGUUGCCUUGGAAACUGGAAUGCAGAACACUCAACUGUGUUCCACCAUUGUACAACUCUCCUUUAGCCCUGAGGAUCUCAACCUUGUGUUCACCUUCCCACUCAUCUAUACUGUUUUCCAGCUCGUCUUUGCAGCAAUAAUAUUAGGAAUGUAUGUCACAUACAAGAAAUGUCAUGGAAAAAAUGAUGCUGAGUUUCUAGAGAAAACAGACAAUGAUAUGGACCCCAUGCCAUCAUUCCAGGAGACAAACAAGGGAUUUCAACCAGAUGAGAAAUAGACACUAAGGAGGCAAAAGAAGAAAGCUUCUGGAACAACAUUCAUUAAACGAAAACUAAAAUUAUUUCUUUUGGUGGAAUAAUCAGCAGAAAAACAAAUUUAAAAGUUAAAUUCAAAUUUAAAUUAUUGGGGUUUUUUGUAUAAAGGGACUAGUGAUCCAUUCUUUUGUGUGACAAAGGGGUGUGUGUGUGUGUGUGUGUGUGUGUGUGUGUGUGUGUGCGCGCGCGCACGUGCAUGUGUGUUUACAGGAGUCAUUUUUCUGUAUCCAUGGUCAGAUUGGUCACAAGAUAUUCCUUGAUUCCAAAUUCACAGAAGCUUAAGCCUCUUUUAUAAAAAGGCAAAGUGUUUGUAUUAAUCUCCUAUAUACUUCAAAUCAAUAUUAUCUUACUAAAAUAUUUAACAUGAUGUAAAUGUUGUGUAAAUAGUUGUCCACUGUAUUGUUUAGAAAAUGAUUGUUUUAUGUUUAGUACAGAUAUCAUUUUUCAAUAUUUUGGCCAUAGUUAAAAUCAUAGAUGUCAAACAUCUUUGGGAGGCCAAAGACAUGUACAUAGAAUGUAUAGAUAGAUAGAUAGAUAGAUAGAUAGAUAGAUAGAUAGAUAGAUAGAUAGAUGAUAGACAGACAGAAGAUAGGCAGACAGAGAGAUAGCUGAUUAUCAUUAAUAUAUUAUCAGAAAACAUCUAUAGACCUAACUUGAUAUAGGUCAAACUUGAAACUUUGUCAUAUGUAAGCUGAAUUCAGAGUUAAAUACUUUGGUAUGUAAAAAUAUAGCAUAUUACUACUGUAAAAUGAUUUUUUCUUGAGUGCUUAUGAUUGUAAGAAGAUUGAUGUGAAUGAAUUUUAAUUAUGAAUUUUAAAUUUUUGCAACAUAUUUACUUGUGAUUUUGGACUAUACUCUGGCAAAUGUCUAUAUUUAUAUUUUAGAAAAGUAGCUUCAAAUGACAUUCUAGAAGUAGAAAUGAGAGAAAGCAUUACUAAUUAAUUCAAUAACAAAUUAGAAUUGGAUUAACUUAUCUUUUUUUUUUAUCCAUUCGCAUACCUCUAGGGUCCAUUGAUACUCAUUUUAUCUUUCCAGAAAUAGGGCUAAUUCAAUACAGUUUAAAUUUGACAAUAAUUUUUGGAACUCUGGAGAGGUUUAUUCAAAUAUGACCUGUAUGAAGCAGGUCCAAAUGGGCCAAUAUGAUAGCUAUUCAGCUCAUAGGAGGUGCCAUACCAGCCACCACGAGCAGGAAGAUGUCAGAAGUUACAAAGGAAAAAAGGUAUCAGUCUAGAAAAUGACAAUGGAGAGACAAAUAAUACAAUGACAAAUAAUACAAUGGAGAGACAAAGAAGCAUAAAGAAAAAGAAAAAGAUAAAAGAAAUAUUGCCAAAACUUAAUAUGGCAAAACUGAUGUGUGACAGGAAGUAGAUACAGGAAGAUUCAUAUCUGAAAGUGAGAUUUGAAGAAGAUGAGAAGUCUCCAGGCAGCAAAGCAGGAAAGUCACCCCUCAGAUGUCACAGAUAUACCUAUAAAUAUGCCUGUAUAUAUCCAUAAUGAUAGAAAACAAAUAAGAUUUGGUAAAAAUCAGCAAGAUUUUAUGACUGCCAUAGGGAAGGAAUUUGUCAAGUGCUGGGUCUUGAGACCCAACUUGGUUUACUUUUCUUCAUUUUGGAGCAGAUACAUGUUUUUAACUAGCCUUUAGUGGUUGGUCUUAUGGAAACUUUUGAUACCCCCAUAUUCUUGUGGAUUCCUUUAACUUAUAAUGUUCUGCCUUCAAAGAGUAUAUUACAUUUGAUUGAUCUGACUUUAGAUCACGAAGAAGGCUUCUGGUUGUAGACUUAAAAUGUUGCAAUAUAUUUAAUUGGAGAUAUUGUCACUGUCUGUACAGCAUGUUUGUUCCGACAGCAUGAGGGUCUGAGCUUGACUAUCAACACUCAUAUAAAAAUGCUAAGUAUGAUAAUGUGCAGCCGUAAUCCCAGUGCUAGAAAGGAGAAGCCAGGAGGAUUAGAUCCAGUCUAGCCAAUCAGUGGGCUCUAUGUUCAGUGAGAGACCAUGUUGGAAAUACUAAAAUGAACAGCUAUAAAGGGAGUUGCUUACAAUUGACCACAUAUACAUCACACACACACACACACACACACACACACACACACACACACACACACACACACACGGAGCAUCUUCUAUCACUAGACAAAAGAAGUAAGUUGAACUCAGAAUGUUUGCUUUUUUUGUGUGUAAGUCUAAUUUAUUUUUUUCUUAAAUUGAACUGAUUAUGGAAUGUGAAGGUUAAUUUCUUUUUUUUUUACUUUUUUUUAUUAACUUGAGUGUUUCUUAUUUACAUUUCGAGUGUUAUUCCCUUUCCUGGUUUCGGGGCCAACAUCCCCCUAAUCCCUCCACCUCCCCUUCUUUAUGGGUGUUCCCCUCCCCAUCCUCCCCCCAUUGCCGCCCUCCCCACAACAAUCACGUUCACUGGGGGUUCAGUCUUAGCAGGACCAAGGGCUUCCCCUUCCACUGGUGAUCUUACUAGAAUAUUCAUUGCUACCUAUGAGGUCAGAGUCCAGGGUCAGUCCAUGUAUAGUCCUUAGGUAGUGGCUUAGUCCCUGGAAGCUCUGGUUGCUUGGCAUUGUUGUUCAUAAGGGGUCUCGAGCUCUAUCAAGCUCUUCAGAACUCAGAAUGUUUUAAAGCACUGGGCAUUGACUGGGAUACAAGAGACUGGAUUUUCUUCUCAGUAAUGUCAAGAAAGUACCUCCAAGGAUACGAAAGGAAAUCUAGCUGUUAAAAUACCUUGUGCACUUUCCUCAUCAAGAAGAAAACAGACAGAUACACUAAAGACACCCUGUGAAUUUCUAUCAAGUUUUCAACAUACCCAAUGUGCCUGGAUGCCAGCAGCUGAUUCAGCUGGGUUUUCUUCCCUAAUGAUUAAAGAAUGUGAGUGACAUAGAUCUUUGUUUUCUUACCAGGUAGGGUGGCUUGUGUUUAUUUUUCCCCUAAUACUCUAGAAGGAAGAAAAAUAGUUAAGCUUUCUAAAAUGACAAAUCUCUAUUUUUAAAUGAUUUUGAAAAGCUGAUUAACUCAUGUAUAUUAUUGCCUCUGUUUCAUAUUAAAUGAAUAUUUAUAUUUUAAAGGAAUGAAUAAA